AUGACAAGUUUAACAGAUGAAAAGUUGGUAAAGUUCUAUAGUGACAAGUGGACAGGUAGUCAAGUAGACUUUUGUAAACAAUUUAAUGAAGAUCCACAACAGUUUGCACGAUUCAUUGCUGGUCACUAUGAAAGUGCACGUAGUAGAGAAGCACUCAAACAGUUUUGGGAACGAUUCUAUCUAAGUCAUAGCGAGUUGCUCGAUAAUCCAGUCAACGAUUCAGACUCGAAUCACGGUGAUCACAGCCCACCACUCUCCAAUGCACAGCAACAACUCGAUGGAGGAGGAAAGCAUUCGAGACAAAAGUCUAAAACACGUAACCUCAAUCUCCUACAAAACUACUAUAACCUUGGUAUGGGUGACAGUGUAUCCAACGUGUCGACCGAUCCACUCAACAUUGACAGUCCCAGCUUUGACCUAAAGCAGUACUUUGAACACACCAUCAAGACAUCGACACUACCACAACUAGUGUCCAAGGACAACGAAUUGGUCAGCGAGAUUAGAACAUUGGAUGGUGACAUGAAGACAUUGGUCUAUGACAACUAUACAAAGUUUAUCAAUGCAACAGAUAUUAUCAAAAAGAUGAAAAAUAAUGUAGAGAAUAUGGAAGAUGGUAUGCAACUAUUAUCAAAGAAUAUGGAAUUGAUUACCACCUGUUCUGACAAGAUUAAUUCAACAUUGUCUGCUAGACGUGAACGUAUUGAUCAAUUAAGUGGUUUACAUAAAUUAUUAAAAAAGUUACAAUAUUUAACAGCAUUACCAUCAAAAUUAAAUAGUUGUGUUGAAAUGCAAGCUUAUAAUCUUGCAGUUAAAUAUUAUAAUAGUAAUAAUGGUAUUUUGAAACAAUAUAAUCAUAUUCCAUCAUUCCAAACUAUUCAAGCCGAGUGUGAUGAAAUCAUCACUUCAAUGAAAUCAAAGUUGUAUGAAAAAUUGGCUGUCAUUGAUUGCCCACAAGUUGAAGUUGGAGAAGCAGCUGAAUUAUUAAUGGAAUUAUUGGAACCUGUAGAUGCAGUAAGAACUCAUUAUUUAAAGGGAAGAAAAGAACAUACUUUGGCUGUAUUAUAUCAAUUUGAUAAGAGACAAUUUGAUGAUGUUGUACAAUUGAUUGGAGAAUUAAAUCAAGCAUUUUUAACAGAGUAUACUUAUAAUAUUGAAUCUUAUAAAUCAUUAUUUGUUAAUCGUUUCGAUGGUACUCAUGCUUCAAAGGAAGAAAGAAAGAGAUCAUUAAAUCUAUUGGAAGACUUUUCAAAGGAUUUAUUCAAUAGAUAUUUAUCAACUGCUAAAUCUAAAUUAACUUUAUAUAAAAAUCCAGAACAAAAGAUAAAGGGAUUAGAAUUAAUGUAUUCAGAAGUUUCAAAGAGACAAGAUCAAUUGGUAGAUACAACCUCGAUUACAGAUAUUAUAAAUGCAACAGUUCAUGAUCAAAUUACAGAUUACUUUGAUAAUUUACAAAAGACUAUUCAAAAUCAUAUACAUGCAAUGAACGAAACCCUCAAUGCUAAAAAGGAAGAAUCUUUAGAAGGAAACUUUUUACAAUCAUUGUCUGAAAAAACUGCCAAAGAUAUUGUCAAUGAAAUAUUAUUAUUAUUUACAAAUUUAAAGCCAUUCUUUUUACCAACACAAACAUCAUUCCUUACAAGUCAUUAUGCAACCAUCUUUACAAAGAUUCAAGUCAAACUUCAAAAUUUCUUUUUGUAUUUGAAUAUUCACUUUUUAGAGUAUCUUGACAUUAUCAAUCAAACUGAAAAUAAGGAGCAAUUUGGUUCAAGAUUCUUAUUGGUAUUGGCUAGUGUAUGUUUAUACAUUGAAAGUAAAGGUAUUACCAUAGUCGUACAAGUUAUGAAUGACUUUUUUAAUGUUGUAAAACAAGGUAUCUCUUCUCAAGAAAUUGGUGUAUUUAAUUUUAAUGCACCAGAUUUAUCAAAAAGAAUUAAAGAUGCAGCUCAAAGUUUAUUGACAGGAUUUACUAAAUUGAGAAGUGAAAAGGUUGAAAAGUUAUUAAGAAAGGGAUUGGAAUCCAAUGCCAAUUGGUUGGUAUUAAAAGAGCCAAAGGAUGCCCGUCAAGUAAACGAUUUUGUAUUGGAUGAAUUACUUAAAAUAUCAACAGAAGUUACCAAAUUACUUCCUUCAACUGCACAAUCCCUGCUGACCACACCAACUCUUCACCGUGUUCACACUCGAACCAACUCAACAGGUAGCAACAGUGGCAGUACCGAUCCAUCCAAGAAAAAUGCAGGCAACAAUGCCAACAAUUCAUCUGCAGCUGGUGGCGCAUCAAACACAUUGUUUGAUAAGAGAUUCGACGUAUUCAGCCCAGUCGAUUUCAAUGCAAACUCUAUUUUGGUUGGUGCAGUAAAGAUCAUGUUAAAGACCUACAUUGAGUGUCUUAGACUAAAAACAUUUGGUACAAAUGGUUAUCAUCAAAUUCAAGUUGAUCUUCGUUUCCUUAAAUUAUACCUUACCGACCAAUUGGGUAGUCAAACAUCAAUAGAUUCACUUAUUCAAGAAUGUGAAACUACAGUUCAUGAUCGUUGUAUUGCUCCAAUUCCAUUAGAAGAAAGUAUCAUUGUUAAACUUUGUGAAUCACAUUUCCAACAAAGAAAAGAAGAAUUGGCAAAGAGACAAUCUACCUCUACUGAAAAAUAA